CACUCACUGACAUCGGCAUUUUUCCGGAUUUUAAAAACUUGACACUUUUUUCGGUUUCUUAAGUGAUAUUUACGCUGUUCUUUUGACGUUUAUGCGAGAUGAGUUCCAUUGGUACUGGAUACGAUCUAUCUGCUUCUCAAUUUUCUCCUGACGGCAGAGUAUUUCAAGUAGAAUAUGCUCAAAAGGCAGUUGAAAACAGCGGAACUGCUGUUGGACUUCGCGGAAAGGACGGAGUUGUAUUUGCUGUGGAGAAACUCGUGACAUCAAAACUGUAUGAACCCGGUGCAAACAAACGAAUUUUCACCAUUGAUCGACAUGUCGGUGUUGCGGUUGCUGGUCUUAUUGCAGAUGCAAGGCAAGUCGUCGAGACAGCUAAAUCUGAAGCUGCUACUUAUAGAUCCGAUUAUUCUGAAGCCGUCCCUUUAAAGUAUCUUAAAGAACGCGUCGCUAUGUACAUGCACGCUUACACCUUAUACAGCUCCGUGAGGCCGUUUGGAGCCAGUGUUAUUAUGGGUGCUUACGAGUUUGAUGGUCCACAAAUGUUCUGCAUUGAUCCGUCUGGUAUUUCAUGGGGAUACCACGGAUGCGCCAUUGGAAAAGCGAAGCAAGCCGCCAAAACCGAAAUGGAAAAGUUAAAAUUAAAAGAAAUGACAUGUCAAGAGCUCGUUAAGGAAGCUGCAAAAAUAAUCUAUAUCGUACAUGAUGAGGUGAAGGAUAAAAAUUUUGAGCUUGAAUUGAGCUGGGUAGGUGAAAUUACCCAAGGUAAACAUAUGUUUGUGCCCCAAAAUGUGUUUCAAGAAGCUGAAAAAUAUGCAAAGGCAGCAGUUAAAGAUGAUUCUGACUCUGAUGAAGAAUGAUUUUUGUAUUAAUGUUGUUUAACUCUGCCUUGUUUUAUAUUUAAUAAAUUACUAAUUACCUCA